GUGAGCUCGAUGGGCCUGUCCACGCUGGGCCGCCUGGUGACUCUGUACCUGGAGGAGAACCUGAUCCAGGAGCUGGAGGACUUCAGUCUGAGGAACCUGUCCAGUCUGGAGGAACUGUACAUCAACCACAACCACAUCUCCUCCAUCGGACCCAAGGCCUUCGCUGGACUCUCCAACCUGCUCAGGCUCCAUCUGAACUCCAACCGCCUCGUGGCCAUCGACAGCCGCUGGUUCGAGUCCCUGCCCUCUCUGGAGAUCCUGAUGAUCGGGGAGAACCCCAUCCUGGGUCUGGAGGAGAAGAACUUCCUGCCUUUGUCCCGCCUCCACAGCCUGGUUCUGGCCGGGAUGGGUCUGGCCUCCGUCCCGUCCGCUGCCUUCCUGGGACUGGACUACCUGGAGAGCCUGUCCUUCUACGACAACAAGCUCAGGUCUGUUCCCCGGGACGCUCUGAGCGUUCUCCCUAACCUGAAGUUUCUGGACCUGAACAGGAACCCCAUCAGCCGGGUCCAGCAGGGAGACUUCCAGAACCUCCUGCACCUGGAGGAGCUCAGUCUGAACAACAUGGACGAGCUGCUGAUUGUGGAGCGAGCGGCUUUCCAGAACAUUCCAGAAAUCGCCAAACUGGAAAUUUGCAGCAACCCCAAACUGUCCUACAUCGACCCGCAGGCCUUCAGUGCCCUGUCCUCCCUGCGGACCCUCCUCCUCCACAGCAACCAGCUGAGUCUCCUCUCCUCCUCCCUCGUCUCCUCCCUCCCCUCCCUAGAGGAGCUCUCCCUCCACACUAACCCCCUGCGGUGCGACUGCCUAUCCUCGUGGGAGACUCACCUGGGGAACCAGUCUCACCUGAAGCUGCUCGACCCCCCCCUCACCCUGUGCUCCUCCCCCCCUCACCUGCUGGGGCGGGAGCUAAAGGAGGUGGUGGUGGGGGGGGGAGGAGAGGGAGAAAGAGACGGAGAAAAUGGAGAUGGAGGGGGAGGGGGG